AUGGCUUCUGACUGGGCAGCAAAGUUGGCUCAAGCAGCCCCACCUCAACCGAAAGCAGCAGCAACUCAAGGAUCAACUCACGCAAAACCAGAAAAGAAGGUGAAAACAGCUCGGUCAACAUCCGGUUCGCCUCCACCAUCAACCGCAGCGCCAGGCACAACUACAACUACAUCCACAACGUCAACAUCAACAUCAACAUCAACAUCAUCAAGUCCAUCUUCCUUCAAUGCGCAAGAAGUGAAACAAUUUCUUCAAUCGAAUUUCGACUCCUAUUCGGCAAAAGCACGAGAAGAUAAAGACGGGGAGCAGUACAAGAUAUACCGCAGUCUUGAGUCUUCGAACCAAUGGGAGACCAAAGUCAAUUCUAAUCCCCGGAAUGUGUUGAGGAAUAGGCCUCAGAGCAACACCGUUGAUAUUUUGUUUGAGAUCAAUCGAUCUAUUUUCCAACAGAGGCAAGAGGAAAAGAGGCUGUCAUAG